AUGUUCUCCGCUGAAAAGCUGCCGACCCUUUUCCAGGCGAUUCAAGUGCCUGAGAAUUGGCUACCGAAGGCCCCCCCCCACGCCGAAGCUAUGGCUGAAAGUGACAUCAUGCACGGGACUCCGACCACACCUUGGCAGGAUAUUCUUAGCGCCACGCCUAGACCACGACCGCGCAAAAUCAGGAUUGGACACACCAUUGGAUCGGCCCUGAAUCGAAUGUCAUUCUCACCUGUGGAAUUGGUGGACCAGAAUCGAAAGUCAAUUGGUCCCUCGGGGACGGCCCUGGCCGUCGAGGUCUAG